AAUUAGCCUGUUUGGAAAAUCAAGAUCGAUGACUAUCCGAUAAUUUUUUUGUAAAAAAAAGUCUUCCUCAAAAAGUAUCUACGGAUGAAUGGGAAGGUAACAAUUGUUUCGAAUCAAGUCCUCCCGUAAACAGGUGUUCUCGUACUUCACACUUCACUCUACAGACUACACCGUCCGAAGUAUGUCUGCAGUAACUCGGACCUGUGAAUCUCCCGGGUGCAACGCAGACGCCAAGCUACAAUGCCCGACCUGCCUGAACCUAGGGAUCCAAGGGUCCUAUUUUUGUUCCCAGACUUGUUUCAAGGAAAAUUGGAACACCCAUAAAGUAUUACACAAAAUUGCCAAAGGAGUUGGAGAUUCAAAUGGAGGUCAGGAAGUGUACAACCCUUGGCCGAAUUAUAGAUUUACAGGGAAACAGAGACCUUUUAAGCAAACCCCUAAACGGACGGUACCAAAGAAAAUUGGACGGCCAGAUUAUGCCGACCACUCUGAGGGAGUACCGCUGUCUGAACAAAAAAUGCGUCAAAUCGCGCAGAUCAGAGUUCUUUCUGAUGAUGAAAUCGAAGGAAUGAGGGUUGCUUGCAAGCUUGGCCGAGAAGUAUUAGAAGAAGCUGCAAAAGUAAUCGACGUAGGUGUUACGACGGACGAAAUAGAUAGAAUUGUUCAUGAGGCUUGUAUCGAAAAAGAAUGCUAUCCUUCACCGUUGAAUUAUUACCAAUUUCCGAGGUCAUGUUGUACCUCCGUCAACGAAGUGAUCUGCCAUGGAAUUCCUGAUCUGAGGCCUUUGGCCAACGGGGACAUUUGCAACGUUGAUAUAACUGUGUAUCACAGAGGGUUUCAUGGUGAUCUCAAUGAAACAUUUUGGGUCGGAGAGGUGGGCGAAGUAGGUAAAAAACUGACUAAGGUGACUUGGGAGUGUCUUCAAAAGGCUAUUGAAAUCGUGAAACCUGGCGAGAAAUACAGAGAGAUAGGAAACGUAAUACAAAAACAUGCCCAAGCUCAUGGAUUUUCCGUUGUUAGGAGUUACUGUGGACAUGGAAUUCAUGAACUUUUCCAUACUGCUCCGAGCAUACCGCACUAUGCUAAAAAUAAGGCUGUUGGGGUUAUGAAACCUGGUCACUGUUUUACUAUUGAACCAAUGAUUUCUCAAGGUACGUGGCGAGAUGAAAUGUGGCCUGACAACUGGACUGCUGUCACUGCUGAUGGACUUCUUUCUGCUCAGUUUGAACACACGCUACUCGUAACGCCCACAGGCGUCGAUAUUUUGACAGCAAGAACAACAAAAAAUGGCCAACCUUAUUUUAUGGAUAAAUAACAUAAGGAGUGCCUUUAGUGCUAAGAAAUCAAUCUAUAUGAUUUUUUCCUUUUUCUUUCUCUCCCUUUUUUUUUAAUUUUUUUUUUUUAAAUGAUAAUGAGGUGCACAAUUUCUCAGCAGGAACGAUAGGAAAUUUGUACCAGUUGUGAGCAGUCACUUGUCGGUACAACUGCAGUGUUGGACAUUUUAAUCAAUUUGUUGCCUUCUUCAAAAUAAAAUAAAAUAUAUAUACUGUAUAAAAUGAGCGUUUAUUGUAGAAAUUAUUGACAUAUAAUUUUUCAGAAAUAAAACAAAUAACGAAAAAAUAACAGAAAAAUCUAGUCAAUACCUACUUUUGAGUUCUGACACACCAGGUUCAUUGUUUUACACAAUUAAAUUAUAUACAUUUGAUACAAACAUUUUAAUAUAAAAGAGAGUGUAAUUUUUCUCAGUUUCAUUUGAAUAAAGUUAUAUAAAAAAGUAUGUGUACUUGUAACCUAUUUUCCUUCAUGCGUGUGCACUAUUUUUGUUUCAUUUUAUUAACUGAUUUAUUUUUUAAUGCGGGUUUGCCUCAGCAGAGGUCAUUAUCAACUUUUGAGGUGCUGAUGUUUUUGAAAAACUUCAUUAAAACUUAAGAGCAUCAUGUCAACGCCUUAAUCAUUGCGGCCACUGUCACCCCAUGUUCGUUAUUAUUACAAUAAUAUAGUAAUUAUUACCAAUAUGAUGCCAGUAAAUAGUAAAUAAUGAUAUGUUAUCACUAAUCACUGUAAAUUGAAAAUGAAUAUACAAUUAUAAUUAGUUUAAGGAUUAACAACACCAAAAAAUGGAAAUUAUAUUUUGAAUUUAUGGCCAAUUCCCAUGAGAAUCUUGUUUAUACUUAUCGGCACUCAUUGCCAAAAAAUAUGGACACUUGUAUAAAAACGAUUCAAGAAGUGUGAAGGAAUGAUAAAAAUUUAAUAAUAAUAUAAAAAAAAUGUUCAAAUCAAUGUAAGGAAAGAAAAGUGUCACAAUGUAGUGUCAUUUCCAUGAGCCAAAGAAUCAGACUAAAUUUUAAAUUAUAUGUAUUAUAAUUAGAUUUUGAAAAUAUUUUUAGUCUGGUAUUACGCUGUACAAUAUGGAAAUUUAGCAAAUUGAUCAAUUGUGGCCAGCCAGUCAUAUUAUUUAAGAGUUUGUAAAGUAUACUUGAUAAACUAUAAAUGAAUAAUAUGGGACUCCCUGCAGCCAGGGGCGUGUCAUGGGCCUGAGGGUGCUAUGGUGUGCCGGAUUUGGUCGGGGGUCGAGCGGCGAACAAGACAUUUUGCGUUUUUAAACCCCAGGUCUGUGGAAUUUGAGUGGCAGCACAUACACCCACAUCUCUUUAAAACUGUGUCAGAAAAUGUUGCAAAAACAGUCGCAUAUUUAAAAGGGUUUGUAAGAAAAUAUCAGAUCAUUAUUUUGUUGUCUUAUGUUUAACGGCUGAAGUAACCAAGUAUGUUCUAAUAAUUUUAAACCAGAGAGUGCAAAUAAAUUACUGCUGUGCAAUUUCUAUUGAAUUAGUAUUUUAUGAUGUGUUGACCAAAUAACUGAAAAAUAUUCUAAAAUGAGAUGGACCUAGCCUUAAACAGUAUAUACAUUGUUUCUGUAUCCUUAAAUAUUUUUUUAAGUUCUAUGUAAGAAACCUAAAAUUUGAUUUGCCUUAUUAAUUACUGAAGUGCAAGAUAAGUUAAAUGUUAAGUUGUUAGAUUACAUAGGUGUUCCGAAGGUUUUUUUGUCUGCCUGUACAGGUUGACUGAAGGCAAUUGCCGCAUCGGCGGUAAAGUCCAGAGUCAUUUGGGACUGCAUUAGAGCCCUGUCAGACA